CGGAUGUUUCGGCCCUGGCCAAUAUUCAAAUUCCAAUGUUGACAUUGGCUUUUGUUUUGCCCCCGACUCCAUAUAGAGACAGCGAGGUGACGAGACUAUUGGCGAGAACUCCGAAGAGAAAGCAAGCAUGGAUGACAUCUCAGAGGACGCGACCAUCCUGGCGCUCAGUCCGCUGGACAACCUCAUGGUUCCGUGCUGGGUCAAGCUGCUCUUCUACUUCCCGCUGCCGGUAGACGCCAGCGUGUCCGAGACGUACGAGUUACUACGCAAGGGCCUCUCCAUGGCCGUGACAGACAUGCCCAUCUGCGGGGGCACAGUACAUUUCCGGCCGCAAGACCGCCCCGGGUGGAAGCCGAACCAGCUCGAGGUGCGCAUCCCCAAGGCUGUCGGCAAAAACGGCAUGUUUCCGCUCGAUCUGAAGGACCUGAGAGACCAGCUCUCGUACGAAGACCUCCGGAAGGCGGGCUUUGACCCGGAGCACAUUGACACCGAGCUGCUGAUGACGCGGUCGUGCAACACGAACCUGGCCGCGGGCAUCGAAGCCGUCGCCGCCCAGGCAAAUUUCGUCAAGGGCGGCUGCCUGCUCGGCCUAGCUGUGUGGCACAACGUAGCCGACGCCCAUGGGACCUACAUCUUUGCCAGGGCAUGGGCGUCCCACUGCCGCAAGCUGCAGACCGAGCCGGGGUACGAGGCAGCUUGGAAGGCCAACUUUGCGGGCACGGGCGCGGGCAACGGCAGGGACGACCGGACCGUCCUGGCCGAGAUGUGGGAACAGGGGGGGAAGCCAGGCGCCGCGACAGACCGGCAGUGGUCGAUCCUAGGCCUGUUCCCGCCGAGCGUGCCCGACGCCCCUCGUCUCAACGACGUGCUGGCCGCCUUGAUGAGCGGCGCAUAUGGAGAAAUGAAGAAAGUGCGCAGCGCCGUCUUCUCCGUGCCCGAGAGCUCGUUGGAGCAGCUCCGCCGCGACGCCGCCGUGUCAGCCAAGACGACCAUCACCUCUCUGGAAGCUCUGCACGCCCUGCUGUGGCGCUGCACCAUGAAGGCGCGCUACCCCCUCCCUGCCGACAACAACAAGGAGGAGCCGUCCAUCUACCAGAUCGCGCUGGACGGGCGUACGCUGCCGCUGACCACUGUCCUGGGCCCGUCGGGCGUAGAGGCCCUGGGCGCGCUGGCCGAGACGCUGCACGCGACGCUGGACGGCAUCUCGCGCGCGGAUCUGCUGGCUGCCUUUGGCGCCGCGCAUGACCUGGAUGGGUAUGCGAAUCUGGCCUACUCGCUCGCUGGUGUCGCGGGCGCCAGCAUGAUCGUUGUGCCGCAGGACUACAUUUCGCUGCCAACUCUGGACUUCGGCCCCGCGAUAGGCACUCCCGUCUGCGAGCGGCCGCCCGGAGAUGAGUGGAACGGCCUUUUCCGGCGGACUGUCAUCCUGCCGGCUGCGUCGGGCAAGGGCUUGGAGGUCUUGGUUUCCUUGUAUGAGGAGGAGAUGCAGAAUCUGAAGGCUGACGGGGAAUUUGUUAGAUAUGCAAAGGUGUCAUCGGGCUAG